AUGAUGCGGACGGACAGCAAAGGCCGAAGUGCCUCACCUCACAGGAUAACCUAUAAGUCUGACUUUCAUGCCAUCAAAUGUUCUUUUGACACCGGGUCCAGUCUAACACCAGCGAACAAAGCUGCAGACAGACUCCCAUCCAGCCUGUCAGAUGUGACAUGUCUGUCCCACACCAGCACCAGAGGAAGAAUCUCCAGCACCAGAGGGACCAAGAUCAGGGACAACAUCUUUCUGCAAAUGGACAACCAGCAGCUGAAACAAGAUGGAGGUCCAGUGUCAAGUUGUGGCUCCACUCCCCUUCUUUCCCCCCAUAAUCCUAAUCUACAGAUGCAGAUUUCACCUUUUACUGGAUCCAGACCAUCAUUCAGCAGCUCAUCAACUUUACAAGAUAAACCAUCCAGAUCUGAGGAGAUCACAGAUAUUGAGAGAGCUGCCCUCGCCCAGAGGUUCUCAGUUACCCGGAGGUUGUUUGAGACCAAGGUGAUGGAAGUUGGUGGAGGUGGAGGGCAGGUUUUAAAGGGAGUUACCAGCAGGGGAAACAAAGGAGUAGAAGACCAGAAAAGAGAGGUGUUGGAGGGGCAAGGCAGCCAGGGGAAUAAAGAGGAAGAGGCGUGUGGGAAAAGAAAGCACACAGAGGAGGAUUGCUAUGAUAAAGAGGAAUCAAUAAACCUGCCUAUCAUAAAUAAUCCGAUGCCAAAGCCUCCUGUAACAGCUCUCCUGACAAGCCACCCUAAAUUUUCUGAAUUAGACAGCCCUGAGGAAGCAUCCAACAAAUCUGCCUCCUCUACUGAAAAAAACGAUGAAUCAAAAUCAGAGGAAAAACACACAGAAAAUGGCGUAUGCUUGACCGAAGAGCAGUCGGUGAGGGCAGAGUUGGUGGAUGUGAAGACUGAGUCUUCAGAGAGCGAUGAGAACGAGGAAGAGAGGGUCAGAUACUGGCUUGAGAGGGAAAACAGGAACAGAGUCGUUGGAGAAAGUGUGACAGACCUAGAUGAUGAUGUUUUUGAGGAACCCAGCAUGGGAAAAAUCAGAGGAGGAUUAUGUAUCGUGGAAGACAGAGAGGAGCCAGGAGAAGGAGAACCUAGCCCUCAGCAGGAUGAGAUGCCAGCUAGUAUGUUGUGUAAAAGAGAAAAUAUGGUUGUCAGAGAAGGUGGUGGAGAAGACAAGUAUCAGCAGGUGAAUGAACACUGGGAGGGGCACAGCAGAAAGUUUAUUGCACAGGCUCAGAAGUCAACAGAAAAGGCAGAAGACUUGGAGAAAAUGACAGAUGCAGCAGUGGAAGAAAGCACAGAGGGAGGCAUGAUACAAGAAGAGGACAAAGAAGUUGAGUGGUACACUGUGGGAAAGGGGAAAAGUGAGAGAAGAGACAAAGAAGAAUUCAAAGAAAGCCAGACUGAAGAAGAAGAAGAGGGAGAAAGUGAGAGAGGAGAAAGUUCAAUAUCUGAGCUGCAGGAGCCCAAUGAGGAGUCCAAGCAGGAGUCCAGAGAAGACAGCACAGGAGAAGAAGGAGGCUGUGGAGACCAGACAACAUCUGAAGUCAUCUUUGGGAUUGAGAAUGCAGCUUUUGUGCAUGAGCUUUCACCAAAACAGGAACUGGGAAACUCUACAAACGAAGAGAGUCGGCUUUGCUUUGAGUAUUCAGAAAUUCCUGGAGUCCCUGAACUGUCUGAUGAAGAAGAUGAAGAGGAAGUGAAAGCUGCAAACAGAAAAGUCAAGUUCUCCUCAGCGCCAAUCAAGGUAGAAAUCUACACAAAACAAUCCUUUUCAGCAUCCAUUAUUCACAGCUGCAGGACCACUUGUCCUUAAAUUCAAGCGUUAAAGGAAGCUCUUCAUUUGUAGAUUUGUGUGACUGUCCAUUUAAGCUGGUGUUUGACUCUGUAAGAGAGGUGUUCGCCCAAAGCCAUGUUUCUAAUCUAUUGGAGGAGGAGGAAAGGCAAGACUCCACUUGCUUUUCUCUGUGAGCACUCAGCCCAGAGUCACCCUGACAUUAAAGCAUAGAAAACAUUCCUGUGGCUCUGUAAGGCUUUCAGCUGGCUCAAUUCCUGACUAACCUGUGCAGUUCUGCUUAUAAGAAGUCGUGUUUACAUUGAGAUUUAUUGCAAUCCUUUUAUUAUGCUUCUACAUCAUUACAUCUCACUUUUUCUCUCUGACACAUUUGCAAGUAUAAACUGUGUGCUCUUAUGUAGAUUUACAGUCUGUUUUAUCUGGAUCACAGUGUCAUGUUUAGACCUUAAUUUGACAUAGGUGUUAAAAAAAUAAGCCAAAACCUCCGCAGUGACUUAAAUAUUUCCUUUGCUUCUGUCCCGUAGGUGUACAACACUUAUUCUAAUGCAGAGUACGACCGACACAAUGAGGAUAUUGACCCGGUGUCCGCCUCAGCAGAAUACGAACUGGAGAAGAGAGUGGACAGGAUGGACGUGUUUCCCGUGGAAAUAGAAAAAGGUGCGUACUCUCUUCAAACAAACACCUAGAAAGAGAAGAAAAUAAUGUAACCAGUCAUGUAGUCUCUGAGUUUUGGCACAAACAGAAAAAUAUUUUCCAGCCUUUGUCCCCUCAAACAAGUGAGGAUGCUGUCGAUAAUUUUAAGAUAUGACAACCUCAAGUUUUUUUUUGCACAAUUUGCGAAAACACAACAUAAAACAUAAUAGGUAAUAAUAAAACAGUGCAGGGAAAGGCAAAAAUCCACGGUGGCCUUACUUGAAGCCUCCACCUAUAAUAACCUAAUAUUAAUGUUACAAUUUAAUGUACAAAAGCACAAGAUAACAUGAAAAAAAAAUAAUAAUAAUAAUAAUAGCAACUGACAACAAUAAUAGAGAAAGAAAAAGAAAACAGAAAAUGUAAGUGUGUGAUAUAGUCUCAAAAUGUAGUAGAUAAUGAUUAAUUGGAUACAAAAAGGAAAAACGUAAAAUACCCCUUGAGUGAUUACUGGUAACAAUACAAAAACUUUUUAGCAAGAUUAUUGCAUCUAUUAACAACAAACAUGGGUCAGAGUAAAAUUAAUUUGAUGCAACAAAGGAAAAAGUUUCCCAACCACUCGAACUUUACUAUGAAAAAAAGUUUUUAAAUAUAAACCACAAACUUUAAAUAUGUGUCAAAAUGGGAAAAAGUAAACGUUAACAUUCACAUAAUUUUAACAUGUUAAGAAUAUAAGGAUGACUCAAAAUGAAUUGACACACUUCAAUAUCACAGUGUACCAACUUUUAUUAAGUUUCUCCUGAGAGGGUUUUUCCCUCUUUUACAUCCAUUAUGCCUCUUUCCAGCGUAAUUGCACUUUUCUCAUUGGUUCAGAGAAGUUUCUGUUCCUCUUUUCUCAUAGGUGAAGAAGGUCUGGGCAUCAGUAUCAUCGGGAUGGGUGUAGGAGCUGACCAAGGACUAGAAAAGCUGGGAAUCUUUGUCAAGACAGUCACUGAAAGAGGAGCAACUCAGAAAGAUGGAAGGUACAUGUCAGCCUGAGUUUUUGUUUGAUGAGGAUUCAGCUACAUUUUAUUUAUUUAUUUCCUUACGUUUGUUUGUUUGUUAGGAUUCAGGUGAAUGAUCAGAUCGUGGAGGUAGAUGGGGUGAGUUUGGUCGGAGUCUCUCAGCUGUUUGCGGCCACAGUCCUGAAGAACACAUCAGGCCUGGUCAGGUAAGGACGUGUGGACUGGAUAGCUCAUCUCAAGCGCUCUUUUUAACCGUGUUUCAAACAAAUGACUUCAAGAAAAGAUACAAAGAUGCAUUUUUGGUACAGUAUUUGAUUUGUCUGUGAAAAAAAACAUUCAACUGCUCAGUGACAGAGGCAGACUUCUGUUUGCGACAUCAAUGAAGUUAUUUAUAGAGGAAGAUGAGGAGUUUUUUUGCCCUUAACUGAGUGCAUGUGAUACAUACUGACGUUGCUGCCAGCUAUUUUUCUGAACAUAUGUUAAGGUUGUCUGGCGGACUUUGAGAAACUUUAGAUUGUCUUGAAAUAAACAGAGUUAUUGUAAAUAAUCUGUUCAAUAUCUGCAGCUAUAUUACAGUACAAUGGCAACAUACAACACAAUAGAGGACAUUUCUGCAGGUCACCAUUGGAGAAAAAGCCCAAAAAUAAAUGAUGUGCACACUGGCUGUCAUUAAUAAUUUAGCUGUUGUGCAUUUUAAAAGCAAGACCAGUGGUUUACCUGUGGUGACAGGUUAAAGCGUGUGCCGUUAAAAAAGCCCUAACCCUCUGCUGAGUGAUAAUUGCCUACCGCUUUGAUUUGUUUCUCUCCCUGGUUGCAGGUUUCUAAUUGGCCGAGAGAAGGAGGGGGUGGAGAGCGAGGUGGCGCGUCUGAUCAAUGAAAGCCUGGAAAUGGAUAAAUCAUCCAGACCGGUGCAUUUUCCAAAAAAGAGGAGUAGAGUUUCGAUCGCAUUCACCAUUCAACUGACUUUGACUGAACUUUUUUUUUUUUCAUAUUUGUUUAUUUAUGAAGAGCGGAGACUUCGGUGGAGAUGAGGAUAACAAUGGACCCAUGUCAGAAAGGGGCUCAUUGGCUGAAGAGGAGGAAGAAGAUGAAGAAGAGGAUGUGGCUUUUCUCUCCUGUUUGGACCAUGAUCAGCUCUGCGUCAAAUACCAGCAGGUACUCAGCGUUCAGGUCCAUAAACUGACAUUUAUGGUAGAAGAUAACCCCACUGUUUCAGAUAAGGCCAGUGUUUCAUUAUUUUUGUGUUAAUCUAUGCUAGUUUGUGUUUUGUCUCUGUUUUUGCCUCUAAUUUUAUCUGAAUUAUUUCACACUUUACACAUUCAUGCAUGUUUGUUUUUCCUCUUUUAUCAUCUUAGCUUCAUUCAAAACUACGAAGCACAGCAGCCCAACUUCAAACUGCAAAAGCAAAGGUAUGUAGCUCAGCUGAAAGUGAGAUUUUGUUUCAUAUUCAGACUAAUUACUGUGCUCACAUUAAUGCGCCACCUUUUCGAAUCCACAUUUGGAACAGUCUGACCCAUUUAACUGAGUAUGAGUUGGCUCGCUGCGGAGUUACUAGGACACGGGCCGCGAUCCAGUACUUCUGUGCGUCUGCCCUGUUUUCCUGCCUUUGCCUUGAAGUAAUCACGGCUCUGACAUAACUGGGUUGGCUAAAGCCGUUCAGAAGAAAAUGCGUCUUUCUUCUUUCCAGCGGUGUUAGAUCAGUGCAUACUUGAUUUGCUGUUUCAAAAAGAUUUUGAUGUAAGAGGAUUGGAAAAAGUGCACAGUUUCUGCGUUUCCAAGAAUAGUUUUAGACGUGUGAUGCUAGAACAAAAAGGCUCUUUUUGGAAGCUAUUUCUUCUUCUUUCUUAAUUUUUUUUUAUACAAGUAAAGAUAUUCCUUUCUUUUACAAGUUAAAAACAUGGGAGGAGCGACAAGCCUGUUGGGAGAGCCAAAGGGUUGAGCUGGAGCAAAGAGUGGAGGAUGAAGAGGAGAAAUCUGACAAACUCGAGAAGUAUGAUGACCUUUUUUUCUAACAUUAAAGUUUAUCCUCGUAUCAAUCAUUUUCACAAAUAUACAAAUCAAUUCCUUUGCCGAGAUGGAAGUUCAGUUCUGUAAAAUCAUGUGAAAAAACAUUACAAGAAUGAUAUUGAUGGUUAUUAGGGUAUAAACGCCCCUCACUCUGUUUAUUAGAUACUGGCAGGAGGCCCAGACACUGUGCAGGGUGGUGAGCCAGAGACUGGCUGAUGCCCAGAGCCAGUCGGAAAGCCUGGAGAUCAAAUACAACAAGGCCAAGAAGCUGGUUCGAGAAUACCACAGCAGGUCAUUAUCUGUUUAAUCCACUCAAGUUAUAUCUCCUAUAAUCUGGAAUAUAGAAUAAUUACAUCACAGGGAGCCUAUUUUGUCAGCUUUAAAAAGUUGUUGCAAGUUUAACAUUUUCAAGAUAUGAAUUAAACCUGUUUAAUCUUUUUUUUUUUUUGUAUUUAGAGAAGAAGAGAGGGAGCGAAGAGAAGCCGAUCCAAGGAGAGAAUUAGAGGAGAGAGAUAAGCAGCACAGAGAAACGGUUGAAAGACUGCAAAUCCAGGUGAGAGCAGACUUCUCAGUCCUGUGUGGAUUUGCAUUACUGAUCCUGUCUGUUCUCUCUAGUCAAUGUUCUGCAUGUUUUAUCACAGAUAGCACAGCUGGAGAGAAGAGAUCCUGCAUCUGAAAGACUGAACCACUCCAUGGACCCUUCAGCAACUGGUAAGCAGCUCAAUCACUGUAGCUGCCGAGCAUUCAUGAGGCUGCGUCCUUGACUGUGUGUCGCUCAUGGCAAGUUAAAAGCACAAAUCCGUGACUGUGAAGUGUUUUGAUGUCAGAUUAUUUUUGAAAUACAAGUUAAGUGUAUGUCCAGAGAGUGCGCUUAGUUAUGAAUAAAAAUGAUAAUUUUGACUGAACUUUAAUGAGUUGUGUUUGUGCCUCAGGUUCAGACUGGUAUAUUCCAGUUCCUGAUACAGGACGUCUGGACUCCAGCGCUCACAUAGCCAGAGCUCAGCUGGCCCAAAAAUCGAAGCGCCACCCGCCAUCUCGAGACAAACUCAGAGAGAGCUUCAAAAAACGGGUAGGACAAGAUGAGUAAUUCACUCAUACGCAAUACGCAAUUUUGCUUCAUUUUUUCUAAUAAAAGGAAAAAAUGAAUUUUCUGUACUUUUUUGAUUUUUUGACCUGCAUUAUAGAGAGUUUAUGUUGUUUUCCUCAAGCUAAAAUGUUUGUAAUAUUUUCUGUGUCAUGUUGUUUUGAUUGCGAUUACAAAUUGAGAUUGUCUGAUAAUAAGAGAAUGAUUUUAAAACAAGAUUUUUUUUUAAUCUUGAAACUUUAUUUUUAAGGAAGAAGAGAUUCAGAAACAGGACAGCACAUCUCUGUCUACCUCUACGGUGGCUCAAAGGUUUAGCAGAAACGACCUCUCCAGUUCGUCGUCUUUCCCAUCUCUCAGUCCUCAGCCUCCUAUCGGCUCCACUUUUACACCUCCUGUCUACAUCAAUGACACCGUCACCCCCUCACCCUGCAAAUCUUCUGCCUCCAGGAGGUCCAAAAGGAAAUUUCCCGACUUCAGGUGCAGGGUCUUGGACGGGAGAGUAAAAUAAUCUGGUGGCAUUUUUUCCCCUUGUUGUUUGAGUUAAUUUGAUUUAAUUCUGUUUCAGUGGCAUUCGAAAGUCUCUCAGCAAAAGGAAAAACCAGAAACAUCGCAAAAGGAUGAUGAACAACAGGUUAGAUACUGUGUAAUACACAAAGAAGAAAACACAACAUUGAGCUGUUUGAAUGUUAUUCUGACUCAAACUUACACACUUUUGCUCAAUUCCAGCACUAUGAAAUUCAAUACCAUUGAUAUUUGAAAGCAUCUUUUCGACUGAAUCAUCAAAAACAGAAAUAGACUGCUCAAUGUCUCAGAAUAUACAUGUUAAUGAAAUGAAUUCAAACAAUUCAUGACAUCUGAUCUUUUCAUGGCCUCUAAUACACAUUAAAUUAUAGAAGCUGAUUUCAGAAGAUGAUUUUAUACUCUCAUGAAAUGUUAAUUUAAAUAGUUGUAACCUGUUAUUUUUCUUGCAGGGCGUCCUGUGGUGAUCUAGUAGAUGAGCCCGCUGGAGGUUCUCCAUCAGGCUCGGUCACCUCCAUGCCUUCCUGCCUGCCUUUCCCCUGGUUCGGAGACAGGGGCAGAGAAAAGGACACGGAUGCAGAGAGAGGCAGGGAGAGACUCCGGUCUGUGUCCAGCAGCAGCCUGCCGUACCUGACCACCACCGGGAGAAGAGAUCAGGUGAGUAAAGCUACUGGUGGGGGCUGAAGAAUCGAACACAAUAACUUUCUCUCUGUCUGGGCUUCAUUUUUGCACACCACAUUCCUUUAAAAUGAAAACACAUGCAUGCACCACAUGAAAUCACAGCCUGUAGACAGUCGAGGUGCUCUUCUCUUGCUUCCAGAGUAUUGGGUCUCCGGUGCGCAGCUCCAGCAUGGAGGGUCAUGUCUCUGAUCACUCCCUCUCUGGACACUCUUAUACUUACACCUUUUCCUCCACUGAGGUGAGCCUGUCCUUCCUCUCCUUCCUUUUCUUUCUUCUUUCUCGUCUAAUCAAUGUCCCCUCAGGCAUACUCUCUCCUCUACUUAUCGUUAUCUCUCCUCUCCUUUCAUUUCAUUUCAUCUCCCUGUUCUUUGAUGUUUUUUUUUUGGCUCCGGUGUCCUCUCAGACAUUGGACGAUGACCCAGUCCCCACUAACAACAACAACCAGUGGCAGAGUCGACCAAUGUUAGAGUGGAGCAACCAGCAGGUGUGUCUGUGGCUAAUUGCCAUGAACAUGGACCAAUACACCUCAGCGUUUGCUGCCAGAGGAGUGGACGGGACACAGCUGCUCAGCUUGGACAGUGAGAAACUCAAAGUGAGUAUUUAGAAUAAGGAGAUAUUGACAUACUAAGCUAUUAACAGUAGCCACAUUUGCAUGGGCAAAAUUCAUGCGAUCAUGACGUGCACAAAACUUUAUUCAGAUUAGAGGCAUUUGGAUAUGCGCAGAAUUGUCUGAUUUUGCUAAAACAACUGCAGAAAAAGGGUUGUAUUUAAGCCUGUGCUAUCAACAAACCAACAAGAGCGGUAGUGGAUCCAAUUCAAGAGUUUUUCCUCUGUUAAAUGUUGUCACUACAUGGCGCCCUUGCGUUCUCAUUUUACUGUUCUGUCAAAGGUUGCACUGUGUGUGCAGAUGUGACAUCAUUAUGCUGUAUGUACGCAUUGUUAUGUUACUGGAGGAGCAGACACAACACCUGUGGUUGUGUUUUAUGCUAAAGUGUUAAUAAUGAAACCUCCUGAACUGGCCUCAAUGAAAAAGCCAAAGGCUAAAGAGUGAAGAUCGAGUCAGGUAAAUAAGUCACGAUCCUAAUAAGUGUUUACAUGGACACGUUUCAGAAUAACAAUCGGCAUAAACCUCCCCUUUUGAUUGGAAUACAAUUUCUUUCCGAUAGAGCAGAAUUGGAUCAGAAUCAUCCGAUCGACAUCGUUGACAUGACGCAUUUUUAUUCCGAUCAGGCAUUUAUUCCAAUUAUUUGUGCCCAUGUAAACGCAGCUAGUGAGGGGUAUCAUUCGGUUUUUGUUGUCUAAUCAGCCGUACUAUUUCCACAUACACUCACCGGCCACUUUAUUAGGUACACCAUGCUAGUAACGGGUUGGACCCCCUUUUGCCUUCAGAACUGCCUCAAUUCUUCGUGGCAUAGAUUCAACAAGGUGCUGGAAGCAUUCCUCAGAGAGCUUGGUCCAUAUUGACAUGAUGGCAUCACACAGUUGCCGCAGAUUUGUCGGCUGCACAUCCAUGAUGCGAAUCUCCCGUUCCACCACAUCCCAAAGAUGCUCUAUUAGAUUGAGAUCUGGUGACUGUGGAGGCCAUUUGAGUACAGUGAACUCAUUGUCAUGUUCAAGAAACCAGUCUGAGAUGAUUCCAGCUUUAUGACAUGGCGCAUUAUCCUGCUGAAAGUAGCCAUCAGAAGUUGGGUACAUUGUGGUCAUAAAGGGAUGGACAUGGUCAGCAACAAUACUCAGGUAGGCUGUGGCGUUGCAACGAUGCUCAAUUGGUACCAAGGGGCCCAAAGAGUGCCAAGAAAAUAUUCCCCACACCAUGACACCACCACCACCAGCCUGAACCGUUGAUACAAGGCAGGAUGGAUCCAUGCUUUCAUGUUGUUGACGCCAAAUUCUGACCCUACCAUCCGAAUGUCGCAGCAGAAAAUCGAGACUCAUCAGACCAGGCAACGUUUUUCCAAUCUUCUAUUGUCCAAUUUCGAUGAGCUUGUGCAAAUUGUAGCCUCAGUUUCCUGUUCUUAGCUGAAAGGAGUGGCACCAGGCGUGGUCUUCUGCUGCUGUAGCCCAUCUGCCUCAAAGUUCGACGUACUGUGCGUUCAGAGAUGCUCUUCUGCCUACCUUGGUUGUAACGGGUGGUUAUUUGAGUCACUGUUGCCUUUCUAUCAGCUCGAACCAGUCUGGCCAUUCUCCUCUGACCUCUGGCAUCAACAAGGCAUUUCCGCCCACAGAACUGCCGCUCACUGGAUAUUUUUUCUUUUUAGGACCAUUCUCUGUAAACCCUAGAGAUGGUUGUGCGUGAAAAUCCCAGUAGAUCAGCAGUUUCUGAAAUACUCAGACCAGCCCUUCUGGCACCAACAACCAUGCCACGUUCAAAGUCACUCAAAUCACCUUUCUUCCCCAUACUGAUGCUCGGUUUGAACUGCAGGAGAUUGUCUUGACCAUGUCUACAUGCCUAAAUGCACUAAGUUGCCGCCAUGUGAUUGGCUGAUUAGAAAUUAAGUGUUAACAAGCAGUUGGACAGGUGUACCUAAUAAAGUGGCCGGUGAGUGUAUACAAUCAUGAUGAAGUCCUAAUUAAAGUAGUUUCAAAUAACUUCCACAAGGACUUGCUGUCCAUUUAUGAACAGACAUUUUCAUUUUUUUUACACUUAUGCAGGAAAUCAAACACAUAUAUUCAUACUGAUAUUGGAAAAAGAUAAAUGUAGACUAUUUUCCCAACCAUCUCAGUCAGAUGCAGCUCCAAGGCCAAUUAUUGUACCACUAUAUGAAUGUAUUAAUAGUUUUUUUUGUAUUUAGAUUGAAAAGCUACAGUUUGCUGUGACACUAAUUUAAUUUGUUUCUUGUACAUGCCAAAGUUUCUUUUUUUUGAAUAGGCAUGGCUCAGUUGGUUUGAGAUAGAUAAAUACAAAUGUUGGAGAAAAGUUCUCCCUAGUGGACAAAGUGUGUAAUGUCCUCACUGUCUGAAUAACCUCAUAUAUGCCUUUGACUUUACCGCAAUUCUGAUAUACAUAGACAUUUAAUCUAAUGUGAUGUUUGUUGAGGUGUGGCUGAUUCUUGACUUUGUUUUUUUUGAAGAUUUUGGUCACUUUUUUUUUUUUGGCUUUAACUCUGCUUACUGAAAACUGCAAAAUUACUUUCUGGAGUAAAACCGAAAUGUUUGAAUCUAUUUUUAUUAGGUUAUUAGUAUAAAGCAGUAGUGCAGCCAUAUAUCUUUUGUUUGCAUUUACAUCUGUAACCCAGAUUCUAACCCCCCCACUCCCCAGGCUUUAGGGGUGUGUAGUCAUGGUGACCGCUCUACACUCAAGAAGAAGCUGAAGGAGAUGAAGAAAAGUGAAGAGAAGGAACAGAAGAAAUGUGACAAGAGGCUGAAGGAAAGAUCAGAGAAAGAGAAGAAUGUUAUUUUGGAAAAGGACAACGAAGAGAGAGGGAGGAUGGUUCAGGAGGAGACUAGGACUGUAAAAGAUGUCAGGCGUAGUGGGAAAACGAUAAGGACAGAGUCACUCCUGUAG